CCGCUCGCGACGGAGCUGCGUCACCGGUGUUCGGCGCUUCACCUCCUGGAGACAGUCGCGGCUCUAGGCCCCUCGAGCUGGCUUCCCGCUCCGGGGGAGCCUGGUCGGCGGCGCGAUGCGGCGCAGCAAGGCCGAGGUGGAGCGGUACAUCGCCUCGGUGCAGGGCUCCGCCCCGUCGCCCCGAGAGAAGUCAAUGAAAGGAUUCUAUUUUGCAAAGCUGUACUAUGAAGCUAAAGAAUAUGAUCUUGCUAAAAAAUACAUUUCUACAUAUAUUAAUGUGCAAGAGAGGGACCCUAAAGCCCACAGAUUUUUGGGUCUUCUUUAUGAAGUAGAAGACAACACAGACAAAGCUGUUGAAUGCUACAAGGUAAUUAUAGGGUUACAGUGUAGCCUGUGUGAGGCUGGAGAGCUGGCUCGGCAGUGAGGAGCAUGGGCUGCUCUUCCAGAGAACCUGGGGUUCAU